AUGGGUCCCGGAUCGAGCCUCACCGACGAACAACAGUCGGAUCAACAGGCCAAACAUCGACACAGGCGACAGAACGGUGUGGAGGAUGGAUACGGUGAAGAAUCGUCCUUGGGCGGCCCCAUCGGUCCCGCGCCCGCUGACGAUGGGGGUGAAGAAAAUUUCAUCGCACUAGCACCAGAUGAAGCGGAUAUUUAUAACUUCUCCAACAUCAUGAGCAUGACAAUGGCGAACGGGCCCGGCAGGGCUGGCGGUACGCGCAGCGCCAAUGUAAAUGAGGCAAAUCCAUUUAAUGAAUUUCGCAAUUCGCCACGCCAACGCGACCGUUCCCCGGGACAGGAGACGCCCGGUGACAUUGAGCAGCUGGCGUCAGUGGCAAAGGGUGAAAAGGAGCUGCCCGAGCUGACGCUAGACGACGACGGUGACGCGAAUGGGUACGGCGGUGAUCCGGUGGGAGGACGUAUCGGUACGCUACGAGGACGCUUUGAUGCGGAACCGACAGGGGAGGAAGAGGACGGUGGCAACGGUGGUGAGGUCGAUACAGAAUCGGAGGAUGAUAAUGCGAUCGAGAGGAGUCGUUAUCUGGCGAAGGAUAUGCCCACCGACGAUGGGCAAGAUGGCCGUACGUCUCGUACCGAUUCCGAUGCAGCGCUGCUCAGCAACAGUAUCGACUUUUUGAACUCGAUCGAUGGAGCGUACCUGCUGGCUAACGCUGCGAACGGCGGACAGGACGAUGGCGAGAAAAGGGGUGAUCUUGCAAGGAAAAUACUGGACGAUAAUGACAAUAAUAUCUCAACACGAAAACCAACGCAGUCAAGCUUAGCGGUUGCCACCGGCCAGGGUGAAGGUGAAAAUGAACUGUUCGAGCAGAUGGAAAAGAAGGCCAAAUCGUACCGCUUGAAGCUGUACAAGAAGCACAAGAACUUCAAGCACACGCACCACCACCGGGGAGGCUUGUAUCACCAGCCGUAUCAUAACUUUCACCACGAUUACUAUCGCCGCAAGAUGCUGGAACGUGAGCGUGAACGCUGGAAAAAGAUGCAGGACCUAAAGCCCGACUAUCAGGGCCAGAUCAACUACUACGAAAACUCGAACAAGCUCGAAACGAACGACGACAUAAUGGCGCAUCUGAACGGGCACAGCAGCCAAGAGAAAUGGCCCAACUUUGACAAGGUGAUGACUUCGCUCAAGACGGAAACCAAACCGGACAACAUCCCACCGUACAUCAAGAAGUAUAACCGGCGCAACAAGCAGCUGAUCGAUCUGCUCGAAGGUACGAUCGCACCCCUGUCCGACUACACUGCACACAAGCACCGGGAGCGGAAGUACCAUCGCAGGAAAAAUCCCCACUGGAUGGAGGAGGACCUGUUCGAGGAGCAGCGACCGAACCAGGCGAAGGCCCAGGGCCUGCAGCGGAACUACAUCCAGGAAACGAUCCAAUCCUCGACGAUACACUCGAACGCACUGCCCGGCGAGGGUAUUCACAUCAUUUACGACAAGAAGCACGCGGCGGACCACGACGAUUUCGACGACGGCGGUGGUGGUGGUGGUGGUGGUGCAGGCCCUCAUCUACUGUACGGUCGGCCAACCAUUUCCAGCGGAGGUCAUCCGGCCGACGGGCACCAUCCGAACUACAAGCUGUCGUCCCGGGCCGGCCAGUUCGUGUAUCACCGUGUCGCGUCACCCCAACCGGUCGGUGGGUAUGGACGCUUGAAGCGGCAGCGUUUACCGUUUGUAGCGAUUACGGAUCGGCGACUCAGUGCACCACCGAAACGUCGCCCCGCGAGUAACGGUGGCCCCAACCACGUCAACAACAAUCUACUGAAUCACCAGCCGAUGCCUUAAGAAUCGAGAACUACAAACUCUGUCUACCCUUCACCUAGUCUGCU